UUACAUUAAAACCUGCGCUCUGUACCGAAGAGCACAAUUUGGCGACAUUAUCAGGCAAAGAGGUCGUAUUUCGGUGAGUCAUAAAAAAAAUUACGAAAUGGCGGAGAAAUUCGCACUUUUUGAAAAUUCCCUGAGCUGCCAUGUGUGUUCAGAGACGUUCAGAGAUCCUGUGUCUCUGAGCUGCAGCCACAGCUUCUGUUCAAGCUGCCUGCAGAAAUUCUGGGAACAAACUAAAAACAAAAACUGUCCCAUUUGUAAAAGAAAAUCUUCAAAGGAUGAACCAUCCAUGAACUUUGCUCUCAAAGAACUUGCUGACUCCUUUGCUAAGAGACACAGUGAGAGCUCACCUGAGACAGAAAAAGAAAAAGAGGAAGAGAAGGAAGAAGAGAAGGAGGAGGUGGUGUGUGAUAAACAUCCAGACGUCCCUUACUGGUACUGUGAGGAUGAAGACAGAGCUGUGUGUCCUGUGUGUGAGUUUUUUGGCUCUGAGGGCUUCAGCUCAGGGAAACACAGCUGGGAGGUGGAGGUGGGAGACCAUCCUGACUGGACUGUAGGUUUAGUUAAAGAGUCAGUUGAGAGGAAGGGAGAAUGUUCUGCUUCACCAAAAGAUGGAUUUUGGUGUUUACUGCAUCGCAGUGGAAAAUACAAUAAUGGUGAUGGUCAGACUGUGACAGUGAAGAAGAGUCUCCAGAGGAUCAGAGUCCAGCUGGACUAUGACAGGGGGGAGGUGUCCUUCUAUGACCCUGAAGACACGACUCACAUCUACACUCACAGAGACACUUUCACUGAGAAACUCUUCCCAUUUUUUAACAUUGGAGAAGCAGGAGACGCCAAAACCUCUGAUAUCAAAGUCUGUCAAACUGCGAUUUCUUUGAAAACUGCAACGACGUCUCUGUGAAUUCUUGUUUCUUUUCUCUUGUUUCAAGCUUUCUCGUUGUUUGUUACAGCUUGUUUUGUGGUUGUUUGUUUUUC